AUGGCCUCUUUUAGGCCCGGCCUGAGUUUUGCCCGGGUAUAUUUGCUUGUCCGGUCCACUCCAACCCCACCCCGCACGCGGCUGGUCGGAGAGACUGAGAGCCCGAUAUGCCGGUCUCACCGCCGCCUCUCCCUCCCCUCACGCAACCCCUUCCGAUGCCUCGGCGCGCCCUUACUCUGCUCCUCCUUUUCGCCAUUCGUCCCCGCGGGGGAUGACGACGGCGCAUCUCUAGCGCGGUUCCCUGCUAGUAGGCGGCGCACGGCAGGUGUGCCGGCGGAGACGCAGAUGCGGCUUCCGAGGAAGAGGAAUUGGGCGGAGGGCGCGCUGACUCUGCCGGUCUUCGAUGGGGAUUCCCAAGCCAGCCUCCACGGGAGUCCCGAGAAUGAGCUCCAGUUCUGCCUCGAGAGUGGUCCAGUGCAGAGGUUCUGAUGCUGUCGGAAGAGAAGCCACCAAAUUGUGCAACUUCAAGCAGAAAAUGAACAUCUAACUGGAUCUGUGUACAACAGAGUCUCUGUAAGAUGAGAUGGAACUGACAAGGUCUAAAUGGGCACCAAACCGAAGCGACAUACUCAUACAAUAAGAUUUGUUCAACUAACCUGA